AUGAAGAGCAACGAUGCCCUCGCACUCAUCAUUCUCGCCUACACGCUCCUCGCUUUCAUCGCGUGCGCCUGCAUCUUCCGUUUCGCCCGGGCAAUGCGACGCCAGAUAUACGGCUCGUCGUCCACUACUAGCACAGCAACAUCCUCGGCAUCCAAAUCAACCCCCUCGCCAGGCUCAUCCCCCUCGAGUUACUCCAGCACCGACUCGACACCAUCCACAGCUGGACUCGGAGUAGGAACUGGUACAGGCCCGCUGUCGCCCCCGCCUCCUCCCGUAACCUUUGCGUAUCCGCCGCCGCCACCUGGAGUCCCGCCUGUCCCGCCGCCGGUUGACGCAGGGGGUAGGCGGUAUCCCACGGUUCCUCCUCCGCCGCCGCCGGUUCAGUGA